UUGAGACAAAGAAAUUAAAACAGAAACACAGACACACACACACACACAGGCACACACACACACACACAGACACACACACACACACACACACACACACACACAGACACUCUCUCUCUCUCUCUUUCUUUCUCUUUCUGAGGCCCAAAGAGAGGAGCUUCUAUAAAGGAUCUGGGUCAGAAACAGAAUAGAGAAAAAGAAAAGAGAGGAUCAACAGUGUGUCUUUGGAAAAUAUGGGCGACCCUCUCCACGUGAAUCCUUGAAUCCCACCCCCACCAUUCCCAACCACACACACACACACAGAAAAACACAGACAAAUCCAGAGACACCACGAGAGAGCGAGAGAAACCACACAUUCUUUUGUUGUGAGGAAAAUAAGAAUUCUCACUUUUUAUUGGAUAACAGCGAUGUGGGGUCACAAAUUCCAGUUCCUGCUUCUGAUCCACUUCCUGCUGUCUGACAUGGCUCAUUCCCAAGCUCCACCCCCUCCUCGCUUCAAGAACAGAAUUGGAUCUGGCAUCUUCUCCAUCAUUCCUCCGUCUUCACCUCCAAUCCCAUCAGAGGAAGCGAGGUUCAUCCGAGAUGAAGAACCUCACAGUGACCCCAUCCGGUAUCUGGUCUCUGGCCUUGUGGAGUCUUUACGUGGUCUUGUGUAUCUCCAUGGAAAUUUGAGCUGUGCGGAGCUGGUGGCGGGGCCUUGGAAAGGGGUGGGGUUUUCACAUGAACUUCUGGGCUUGGUCAUGGUGCCUGUACUGGUGUCUGCAGGAUGUGAACCCGAAGCCGAGGAACUGGUGAGGAACUUGUUCAUAUUGCUGGGACGGGAUGAUACACGGGAACUUCUGGAGGACAUAGUUGCUCUAGUUAGAAGGUCAUCUUUACAUCGUUCAAAUUCCAUAUCCAUUCCAUCCAAACCAAGCGGUCAGUCGGAGCGCCACUUGCAAGCCAUGAUGUUUAACAUCCAACAGCUGGCAGAGAAUGAAGAUGUGGGUGAAAAUGUUCCUGGCUUGGAGAAGCGAUGUCAGGGCUGGAUGAGGAUGAAGGACACCGUGUUGUUAGGUCAGAAGGUCGAUCAUGGAAAGAUGCGUCUAAGCAAAGCAAAGCAUUUGUGCCGAAAUCUGGGAUUUGUCUGCGCAGGCGUGACACAGGAAGAUCCCACCAGCCCUGAGUCAUACCACGUUGUCCUCAGACCCGGCAGCUGGCUUAUGCCUUCACAUCCUCCCAACCAAUCAGAUAGCUGGAUUCAGAGCUGCAGGGUGUGGCCUGUACGCUGGCGCAGGCACACCGCUCAUCAGCCAGGCUGUACGAAUGAAAAAGAGGAGCGUGUGUAUAGAGUCGUGGAGUGGAUCCCUGCAGUCUCCACCCUCUAUAACCUGGGUACGGCUGUUUAUUAUGCCUCCAUGAGCUGCUCGGAUACAGCAAAAGAACGAGCCCUGAUGAGCGCUGUGGAUCUGGGAACCGAUGCUCUCGUGGCAGCCACAGGUGGCACAGCGGGCAUAGCCGGAUAUGCCCUGGGGGCGGGGCUUAAAACAAGCGUGAAAGCCGGAGUUAAAUAUCUGCUGAACAGAAUGAACCAUGAGGAAGACCUGCUCAUGAACCAGAACAACUGGGAGGAUGAAAGCAUCAGCUAUCAAUAUAAAUAAAUAAUGAUUAUAAACUAAUGAUUGGAUGUUUUUCCACUGCACAACUGGAACUGUACUAUUAGCACUAGAUAACUGCAACGGUGCUUUCUCCAAAGGUACCAACAUUUAUAGCUGGCUGUUUCAUUAAUUUGUAUUCAGGGGUGGAGCUAAUACCAUUGUAUGCUGCUGAUUGGUCAAAUAUACAAUAUCAAUAUCAUUUUAUAUGCAAGAUAAAAAUUCCAUCCAAAACCCUUCCACACAAUGUAUAACAUUCUUUACCAUCUUCGCUAAAAGUGAUCAUAUUUACAAAGUAAAAUCAUACAACUGAUUUUUUUUUUAUUAAAGCAGUAUUAAUACCAAUUUAUUCUUUUCUUGAGGAACUAAAAUGAUCUCUAGUUUUUAUAUAUGGUCCAAAACAAUCUUGUGUAGUAAAUCUGAUCAAUCCACAUGGGAUAACUGAUCUCUGUACAUUCACAGAUGUAUGCAUGCUCAUCACACAAAAAUGUCAAGUUCAGUACUUGUUGUAGGGGGCGUGGUCAAGCUCUAUUAUUAGUUGGUCACAUGGCCAUAACGUGUCUGUAGCUGUACCUGUGCUCGGACCUUCCCUUGUAACUAAACUAAACUAAACUAAACGAAACCUCCUGGAGGCAUUGCUUCUCUGACACUUUUAAACCUUGCCUAUAUUUUAUUUUUCUGUGUUUUAAACUCGGUUUCAUUUUAGUUUUGACGGGAGAUGAUACAAAAGAGCAUGAGCCUCUAUUUUCCACAGGAUGGGGUUAUUUCUACUGCUCGUAUUUCUAAAAAACAAAAACAAAAAAGCAUUUCCCCAUUUUCUCCCUAAAUUAGUCUUGGCCAAUUCCCACCCACCACCCAGCGCUCCCCUAUCAUAUGAGAGCUACCACCUGGGGAGAACAAAAUCAUGGGGUGUCUAUACACACAGAUUGGCUAGCGAUAUUGUGAUUGACAGGGGAGAGAGAGUAUGCCCCGCCCACUCAGACAGCAUGGCCAAUGACAGGCUGAACACUUUUCUGUUGCGCCACUUUACAGAAGGUAAAAUAUGGUGUAAUCUAAAUAAAUUCAUGAGUGACAUGCUGGGUUUGGAGAGCACUAAAACCCCAGAGAUACUCCAGGAAUAAUUAUAUUUCCCACCUCCACAGGGACAACUAAUGCAGUCUGAAUAGGUCUUAUGAUAUUCAGUAUUUUCAGAAGAACUGUCUUUGCUUUACAGACUUUCUUUCGCACAUCAUCACACACUCAUACAGUAAAAUUAGCCAUUUAGCUCCGCUCACUUGUUUGGUUUCCAAAACAUCAAUCUAAUUAAACUAAUGUAUGCAAAAACGUUGGAGAGCUGAGCCGAGGAUGAAAACACGACAAGUAGCAGCAGUUUUGUGACUUUAGAAGAGUUUUUUUUUACUGUGUUUAAACAAUGUUGUAUUCAUUUCGUCAUAUUUUCACCAACAGUUUGUUGUUGGAAUUAAAUUCAUUUUUAUUUCGUCUUUCCUGUUGGAGAUAUCUGUUAUAGCUCUUGUUUAGUUCGAGUUUUUGAGCGUGCAGUGUGAAAAUGUCCAUCAAAUACCAGGAAGUAAAUAAAAAAGAAGAUCUACUGCUGCAUAGUUAAAAGACAUCACAUUGGUCAUGUGACUCUUCACAGAUUCCAGGUGAACAAACUCAUUUAAUACCUCUAUAAUUGUUUUCAGUUGACUCGAUGAUUAAUGUAUUAACAAUACGACCAGUUUAUUUUAAAGAAACUAUCGAACAAAAACCCGAUGCUACUAAUAUACAUUUAUAUGUGAUGUAUGUGAUGGAAUAUAUAACUUUGUACAUGUUUAAUCUGUUACUGUCAGGUGUUUAUGGCAAUACAAAUAAAGAUUUGUAAGAAAUUUUCCUACUUAAAUGAAUGGAACAGUCGUUUUACUUUUGUUAUGAAAGUGUCUAUGAAAAUAAACUUUGGCCAUACGUGA